AUGGACCCCUUCCCGCGCUUCGAGCUCUCCCGCCUCGACUUCCGCCUCGACGACAUCGCCUCGCUCCCGAGCUACCAGCUCGCCCUCGUCAAGUUCCACCCACUCGCCCAGCCCGAGCACCACCUUCGCGCCGAGCUCUCCUUUGUCAAGCGCCGUGUCGCGGCCCGCGAGCGCGGCGACGAGGUCGGCCUCGACGAGGCGCGUGCCACGCUCAAGGCGCUCGAGCGCGCGAGGGCGGUACUCGAGCGGGCGAGGACCGAGAAGCGGGCCAGCAUGAAGGACGCAGAAGUGCAGACGGACGGCGGCGGGGCGCAGGCGGGCCAGGAGGCUGGGCGAGGCGGUCGGCGCUCCUUCGACCCGACCGACGCCGGCGCAAUCGCUGGACCGUCCAUCGCGCCUCGGUACCCCGUCAGCUCUCUCACCGCCCCCGACCGCACCCAGCCCUCGUCGAGCACGACGCCGUUCUCGCCGCCACCUUCUCAGCCCAACCUCGCACCGCCCGGGCCCUACUUCGACUUUGACCAGCUCGACACGGGCGCCUUCUGCACCGCACCGCUGCACAUCGUCCGCCUCGGCAACCUCCCCGAGCACGUCACGCCCGCCCUCAUCCUCGCCUUCCUCCUCGCCCGCCGCCCUCGCGACUCGUUCCCUCGCCCGCUCGCCAUCCGCAAGGCGACGCACAGCACGGGCGCCAUCAUGCUCGCGUUCCGCGACGCCCCCGCCGCCCUCGAGGUCGCGCAGCGCCUGCAGGGCAUGACGCUCCCGCUCACGGGCGGCGCCAAGAUCGCGGCGCAAGUCGUCGCGAGCAACGGGUGCCAGUUCCGGCGUGGCUCGCUCAGCGCCGAGGUCCAGAUGGCGUGGACCGGGACGGGCGCGCUACCCGCCGGCGCGAGGUGGGUCGGGCUCGAGCCGCCGCCGGCCAAGGGCGUCAGGGUGAGCAGGGCGUACGAGGACGAGUGGCGCGCCAUCAUGUCGGACAUGAACGCCGAGCGGGACCGAGUGCGCCGCCAGCAGCAGGAGGCCCAAGCGUGGCGGGACGAGUCCGAGCAGCGCAGGUCGAGGGAGCGGUCCGAGUCGGUGCAGACGCACUGCAGCGAGUGCGGGCGCGACCAGCAGAACCUGGACCGCGACGGCUGCAGGUGCAACGACUGCCAGGAGGGCUUCUUCCUCGAGUACUCGGCGAGGAAGCGCGCGAGGUACUACUGAGGCGGGCCGUGCGAGGCGUGCAACGACUUUGCUUGCUUGAU